CCUGCGAGCUCCAGGCUGCUCGGGGAAUUCACUUUGCUGCUUUUACGCUUCAUCCCUCCUCCGGCUUCUUCUGAUGGCGUUGUGUCUCCGGCCCUAGCCUUUCUUUUAAAAGGAAAACUUUACUGCCAUUUCUCUUUCCCCUUGGAGGAGAGGAUUAAAAGUUCCGAGAACUGGUGCGGCUCGGGCGCGGGUGUUUGCCGCGGGGUUCCUGUCCCACCAUGUGUACCAACAUAGUUUACGAGUGGCUGAAAGCGCUGCAGCUCCCGCAGUACGCGGAGUCCUUCGUGGAUAACGGCUACGACGACCUGGAGGUGUGCAAGCAGAUCGGGGACCCGGACCUGGACGCCAUCGGGGUGCUGGCGCCCGCGCACCGCCGCCGCAUCCUGGAGGCCGUACGCCGGCUGCGGGAGCAGGACGCCGCUGCCGCCGGCCUCUACUUCACGCUGGAGCCACAGCCGCCGACCGCUCCUCUCGGGCCGCCCGCGGUCGCCCUCUCCACCGGCCGCCGGGGGGAGCCGUGCGGCGGUCGGGCCCAGGGCACCCGCGGGGACCCCCGCAGCCAGAUGACCGCCUCCCGCAGCAGGGAGCUGGUGAGCUACCCCAAGCUGAAACUGAAGAUCAUGAUUAGGGAUAAGCUCGUUCGCGACGGCAUCCACCUGAGCAAGCCCCCGUACUCCUGCAAGGUCCCAAUGGCUGGCAUCCUAGCGUACUUAAUGAAUUGGCCGAAGUCAUCACAGAACCGCUAGAUAUCAUUUUUGAGAACUCGUGGAGGACUGAUGAGGUGACUGAAGACUGGAAAAGGGCAUAUUUAGAAACUUCUUUCAAAAAGGGAAAUGGAUGAUGACCCUGGAAAUACUCAUCAGCUUAACUUUUUGCUUGGAAAUAUUCUGGAGUAAUCAACUUAGUAAACUGGGUGACUUAUAAUAGCUAGAAAUGAGGCAGUGAAAUAUCACACAGGAAGAAGUACUGAGUUCAUUUAAAAAAAAAUCACACCAUUGUGAGAUACAGUUUUAUGCAUAUUUUGGGAUUCUCCCCUCCAUCCUAUGAGUUCUUGAUGAUAAUAAAUGAGGUCGGCUAAGGCCUUUGGGUAAAACUAAUGUUAAGUGUAAUACCAGACAAAAAGCAGAUUUCUGGCAUUAGCAGUGAUUACAUCGUUUUCAAAUUAGCCUUUCACUUGAGAAUAGUAGCUUCAAUUUUUUAUUUCAACAUCCUUUUUUCCUCUUUAUAUAGGACUAUGUUUUCAUAGGUGGACAUAUUUUGCAUAAUUCUAUAUAGAAUAGUUCUAUGAGGGAAUUCUUAUUUUAAGGUGCUUUAUAUAGUUAUUUCAUAUAUAGGUACAAUGAUAAAGCUGACAAAUUAGGGAACAUAACGAAGAGAAGAUAAUUUUUUUCUAACUUUUCUUUUCAAAUUUAAUCUGGCUAAAGGUUGGCAUUUGGACCAGAGAGAGUGACUUGCUCUGACAUGCACGGAGCAAGAGCCAGCUAUGUAACUUGGUAGCUCGCUUUCUUCACUCCCUGGACACUGCUAUGGCCAAUGCAAUGCCUGAUCCCACCUCACUCCCCAGGUUUCUGACCUCGGGCCUGGGGGGCAGGGACAUGGCGUGGGCUGUGACAGCGGGCACUGAGAACUCUGUAUAACCACAGCCAAAAAGGAGAGCAGCAUGAGAUGGGAGAAGGAAAUUAAGACGACUCUGGAGUAUUUCUCAUUCCUAUUGUUCUUGCCUUUGGAUAUUGGCAGUUUUAUUUUCUUCUUAGAAAAUGCAGCCAUGUUGAUAGGACCAAAAAUUUCAUUCAAAGGAGAUCAAUCAAAGAAGACAUAGAUAUGCCACAAACUCUUGGGUCAGGCAGCUCCUGAGAAGAGGUGGGCAGUACUGCCCUACUUAGAAGUCCAUAAGAGACAUGAGUUUACAUCAGCUUUGUGAUGUUCAAGCGUUUGAAACUCUCCAAGGGAAAAACAUUUACAUUCAUUUCUUCCUGGUGCGUACUGGUCCCUAGGAAUGGGUAGGUAGUUAAAGUCUCCAAGGGUGAUUUUAUCUGUUUAUUUUUUAAACAAUACUGUUUUAAAAAUCUAAAGUUUACAGGGUUUAACUACUUCUACAGAUUAAUUUAGACACUGGGUAAAAAUCAAUCUUGCUCUUAAAUACAAACACAAGGAAAUUAAGCUCUCAAAGCAUGUACAAGUUGUCCUUUAAACUAUAAUAGCUGGUAGUUUCUUAGUUUCUUAAGGAUUGUACUC